AUGCGAGCAGAUGACCAAUCUCUGGCACAGAACCAAGAAGUAAUGAACGCCGUCAUGGAGAAAUAUUCCGAAGCUCGUGCAGAGUGCAUAAACGAGGAGAACAUCCCCGAAGAUGCCGCCAAGAAAUUUGAGGAGACGCAGAAGUUGGAACCUGAACUGCAUUGCUAUGCCGGGUGUGUGGGCUACAAGCUUGGGAUCAUCAAAGAGAAAGGGGGCUUCAAUGAAGAGGCGUGGAAGGGAUUUGUUUCUAAGACUGGUGACGAUGAGAAGCAGAAGCAGAAGCUGUUGCGCGUGGGAACUAUCACGGCCAAUGCGCUUGAUGGAUUGGAUCGGUGUGAAUCUGGAAAUGAGCUUUCUGAGAUUUCGCAUGUUUUGAAAGAGCUCAAGGACUAUGAGUGA